ACCCAUCUAGCGCAGAACAAACACCACAGACUCUUGUUGACCUUGAUCACUGAAAAGUUAUUCAUCAACUCGUUCAUCCGCCACAUCCAAACUAGAAAUCAAAAAUGUCGACGAUGAAGCUCUCUCCAGACGCCGAACGAAUGUACACUCAGCUUCAGCAACAAUUUCGGGCUCCCGGAGCGAAGGAUCCUACGAUUGCUCAGCUGCUCCUUAAGCUUAAGUUGGCACUUGCUCAAAGUUCAUUGCUGAUGCCGUCUCUGACUGAUAAGAACGCGAUCGAUGCUGAAUCACUUGCUAAAGCACGUGAUAUCCUUGAGAUAGGGGCCUUCUAUUCAGUAAGAACUCAGGACAUUCCAGCUUUUGAGCGUUACAUCUCUCAACUCGGGUCAUACUACAAUGACUACAGUUCACUGUUACCUUCAUCGCAACGUCGAUAUCCUCUCGUUGGUCUCGAUUUACUAAGACUUCUUUCUCAGAAUAAAAUCGCCCAGUUCCACACCGUUUUAGAAGGAUUAGUUAAAGAACACGGCCAAAAAAACAUUGAUAUUCUUCAUACAAACCAAUAUAUUUCUCAUCCAGUCAAUCUAGAGCGAUGGUUGAUGGAAGGUAGUUAUUCAAAGGUCUGGGGAGCCCGAUCACAAAUGCCAAUGGAGGAGUAUCGUUAUUUCGUUGACCUACUUGUUGAUACAAUUCGGAACGAGAUUGCUUCUUGUCAAGAAAAGGCCUAUAGUUCUCUUCCCCUGAACGAUGCAGGAACUCUGCUGUUUUUCAAGACCCCUGGUGAAGUCAUCGAGUUUGCACAACAACGAAAGUGGCUUGUGGAUCCCAAAUCGCAGACCAUCAACUUCCCAGCUGAAAACAAUGCUACCAAACAUGAAUUAGCCAAGGAAAAAAUCAUUGAAACUACUCUUGGCUAUGCUAAAGAACUAGAAACUAUUGUAUGAGUAUCAACACACGUAAUAUAGUCCAUUUAUAACACACCAAA